UUCUUAAGCCCAGUCAAUGGUUAAAAGCUUUAAAAAAUGAUACGUAUUUUUAAACUUUUAAAAUAAAAAUCAGCUGUCGGCUGUCAGUUAAAAUUCAGAUCGUCAAAAUGUGCAUCUUGAAGUAAAAUUAUAUAGUGUGUUUUUCAAUUGUUAACUUAUUUUGUUACUGAAAACUCAUUUAGAUUAAUCAUUUCUAUUAUUAUUUAUUACAAUUUUUUGAAUAUCAUGGGGUUAUUUAUUUCCCGGUUUCGGAAAAAACCAUCAACUGAAGACCAGUUAAAAAAAAUAGAAGAUGGAUUGAGAAAAAUAGAAGAUUAUAAAAGGAGUACCGAAAGAAAACAUAAGAAGCUUGUCGCAAGUAUAAUAAUCUACAGUGCAGCAUUGUAUAUACUAGCAUGUGUUGUUGUAUUUGUUUGGUAUCUACCGGAGUCGUGGAUGAUCCGUCUAGGACUACUUAUUCCUCUCGUCCUAGUACCAGUCAUAGUUUAUUUUUUGAAACGCUUAAUAUCAAAGUAUUUUGACUCGCGUAUGGUCAAAGCUAAUGAAGAGUAUGGUGAUCUACAAAGAAAGAAAAAAGACAUCAUCGAUAGUGUUAUGGAGACAGAAACAUUCAAUAAGGCCAAAGAAAUUCUGUCUAAGUAUGCGCCAGAGAAGUUGGAUAAAAAGGACCAACAACAGCUGGCACGAUCCCCGGGGCUGAAUGCUUCUACAGAUCUGCGUAAGAGAAACACGUCUCAGGUGGUCAAGUCUGAAGUGACGGGGUCCAAGGUUCAGCCUGGGAUAAGGCCUGAACCUGUUACCACCCUUGCCACACUACCUCGGCGCGAGUUAUCUCCCUCUUUGGGUACAGCUCCGAGGCAGAGACUGCCGCAGCCUGUGUUCCCCAAGGAGCGAGGAGUGACUGACAAAUUGAUAGAGUUCAUGAUCGGAGACGGACCCAGCUACAGAUACGCGCUUAUCUGCAGUCACUGCCGGGGCCACAACGGCAUGGCUCUCAAGGAAGAGUUCCCUUACAUGGCUUUCAACUGCUGCUAUUGCUUCCAGUACAAUCCAGCUCGCAGCAAGAGACCUGUCCCGCCUAAGUUGCCCCAAGCAUCAUCUACUACUCCAGCCUUGCCAGCACCCACAAGGCAUUUGGAAUCAUGCUUACAACCUCUUCCCAGAAUCAGAAGAGCAUCAAAGAAUGAUGACGAAGAAAGUAAAGUUGAAAGUUCCGAGAAAGAAGAUGGAAGUUUACCUGAAAGUACAAGCGGAGAUCUGAAAAUCAGUGAGGAAACAGACGACUUGAAUGGUGAAAAGUCAGAUGAUGAUUUUCAAAAUCUAGGCUUUUCCGAGGCUGAUCAGGAAUUUUUGAGGAAGGUCGAUCCUAGUCCCACAGCAACAACGGAAGAAAAGCAAGGAAUCUCGGAUGGCAAUGAGUCUUAGAAUCGGUUAUAAAAUCUGAAAGUCAAAUUGAAAAAUGCAAGACUGACAGUGCUAUUUUUCUACCUACAUUUUUUAUGAUAAAUUAUUUUGAAUAUUUAUACUGUGAUCAACAACUUAUAUAUUAUUUUUAUCUCUAAUAUAAAGAAAAAUUCUUUGUUCUCCGGUUACAAUUAUUUAUUAAUAAAUAUUUUUUUAAUAUGUGUGAUUUAUUUUUUGAGCCGUUUGGGACAUUUGUUUAUCUUUUUAAGAAUUUUUCUUUUUAUUUGAGAUUUUUGUUUACAGACACAGACAUUUGUAUGAGGCAUGUUACUUAAGUAAGUAGCAUUUACAAGUGUUACGUUUACUUCUUCAAAUAAUUCACCAUCUUUUGCACAGAUUUUCUAAAAAACUGUGUUUGUCUAAGGUCUUUUUGUCAUCAUAAUUUUAAAAUUAGAAUAAAAUGGUAGCAGAAUAGUCAGCGUGCUAACCUUUGAAUCCAAAGGCUUGCUACUCUAUACUGAAAAAGAUCAAGACCCAGUUGUCUUAGGAAAUGUGGUAAUUAUGCUUUUUAACAACAGGUCAAUGUUAAAUAGUAAGGAAGGUUUGGUCCCAUGGCACAGCCACUUACAAAACUUAACUAGGGUGGUUUUAAAGCUCAUAAUUGAUUUUUCAUACAAUCACAAUUAACUUAUCAUAAUACACAGAUUAACUAUUUUGUUGUUUAUAUAUAUUCUUGUGGAGAUCUUGAUAGAGUUUAUGAUGAAUGAAACAUGAAACAUUGCAAAUUUUCGUUUAAUACAAACGUUUUCAAGCAAAGAGAAUGAAAAAUGUAAAGAUGAACAAAACAAAUAAAUAUGAACUGUUUACAAAUACUUUAAUUUUGAGAAGUUGUUUAUAUAAUAAUUGAGGGUAUGUUUGCUUUUUUAGGUUGUGUUAUUUGCUUACCAGAUAUUAUUGUUUUAUUGAAAUUGAAAUGCUAAAGGCCCGUUUUGCCAGAAGCGUCUCGUGCGUCUGACGCUCAGCGUCUAUCGCUCCGCGUCAAUCGCUGCCCACUGCUUUGCAUUGUUUUAGGUUACUCUAUUUUGCCAGAAGCGUCUAUCGCUACAGCCGCCAGCGUCUGACGCGGACCACUGCUCCUGGAGCAGACGGAGACGCAGUCGCUAGCGAUUAUUACUGGAAUAAGCACGUGUUUAGUUGUUGACUUAACUUUUGUUUCCUUAAAUAAGUUGGGUUUUCAAGUUUAGUGACAUGUCACAAACAAAGUGGGGAUUCAAUAGUGAAGAAGAUGAAAAACCGAUUGAAGCCAUUUCAGCACACGACUGUUAAGUCAAUUGUUAAUUGAUUUUCAAUUAACAAUUUAAAAUAUCCCUCUUCGGGCCUCUUUAAAAACAUAGUACGCACUUCUUCCCUAGGUUUGCACAACAUUUCUAAUAUCUCAUCUCCUCAGCUAACAAAUACUUUACUAUUUGCUUUUUACAGGUCAUUUUCAGAAACACUCUUUUUGCCACCAAAGUAAACCACUUACUGAUCAAAUAAUCGCAAGGAACAGACGCUUCUGGCAAAAUAGGCCCGAGCGAUAGACGCUGAGCGAUUAUCGCUCUAGCGAUCAUCGCUGAGCGUCGGACGCACCAGACGCUUCUGGCAAAACGGGCCUUAACAGUGAAAUCAGCUGAUUUAGCAAGCGGUAUUGGUCAUUCCUGCUCGCAAAUGCGAGUGAGAAUGAAUAAAGCGAAAAUGAGCCAUUUUGCGCACUGUUGACAGGUUUAUCAAUCUGAUCAUUGCUAUCCAGUGGUAGGAAAAACAUUAACACAUUUGUUGCUCUUUUCUUGUCAUUUACGUUGCUCUCUUACUACAUAAAAGUAUGUAGUAUGUAUACAAACUUAGGUACUUUGGUAUUAUACCGACCAGACCGAUAAAUCCACUUCCAAAUAAGAAUUUAAUUAGUUAGAAUAACAAAAUCUUCCUAAUUUUAUGUGUGGCCGUUAUCAUACCAAAGUACCCAAACUAAACUAACCAAAAAUAAUGGGAAUAGUCCUGCAACAAUUGAACUGAAAAAUAAUUCUGACUUGUAAACAUGUUGAGCUAAAAUAAAUUUCACUAUUGCAAAAUUAAUUAUUUACUGCCCACACAAAAACAUAAAAUACACCUACCCUAGUUAGCAUUUUUUUUGUCGGAGCUACGAAAUCAGCAAGCUUCUUGUGCGUGAAAUACAAGCGCAAUAAUGUUUUUUACUAGGCCUGCUCGUCUGUACCAUAAAAUAUUCUGUAAUUUUUAAAUUUUCUUACGCUACAACCGCUCUUAGCAAGUUUUUACCAAAUCAUUUAAUGUAUUUAUUUUGUUGUUUUAUACUACUAUAGUUUGCUGCUAACUAUUGUUAAAUUACUAAACUCAAACUCGUAAUGUAUCAAAGAUGCAUCUAACUGAAAUCUUUGCUCUCUAAUAAGACACUAAGAGAUUUUUUAUUGCAUUCUAUUGUAUUUCUAACUGAGGUAUUCCUUUAAACAAAAAUUUGUAAAAAGUUAUGAUUUAGUUGAAAACACUUAUAAUCUCACAGAGGACAAAAAUACUCCCAAACAUUAUAAAUUUAAAGAAUAAUUUAAUCUUCUUAUUCAUUCUUGUUUAAUUGAAAAUCAAAGGACAAAAGGAAAUUGAUAGCAUUAUUUCACAGAGCAUUAUUAGUAUUAAUUUUAGUUUUCAAAAGAGACUGAUACUUUGGCAUCGGUUUUGAGAAUUGAUCGUCAUACCGUUCAUACUGAUACCUGACACGUCUGUGAAGAUCAUGUGAUUGUAAAAUUACCGCAAUUGUGGAAGACGGAGUUGAUGUCUACAUCACCGCAGAAGAUGAUCAGAAUUUUGCCGCGAUAGCGGAAGACAGUGUUGAUGUUUCCGUGACUUAGGAAGAAAUUCAGGAUUUUGCAGUGAAUGCGGGAGACGAUGAUGACUCCGCAACCGCGGGCCACAAAAUCUCAAGCUGGCAUACAUCUAGUUACAGUAUAGUAUUUUUUUUUUUUUUUUAAUAUUUUAUUUACAAUUGAUAGGGUAUUUUUUUUACAAUUGCAUUGUAUUGAGAAAAAUGCUUUAUCCAAAUCUUAACAAUAUGAUUUUCCAUAGGAAAAUGAUCCUUUUACAGUUUAAUUUAAGUAGUUUCUUUUAUGUAUAUAAAAUUCCUCCUACAACCUUUUACAGUGUUUAAACGGAUUUGUUUGGUUAAUAUGGAACAAGUCAUCAUUCAUAUUUUUGGGGAGCGUCUCUUAUGAGCUAAGACGAUUGUUAACAGGUUUCUUUUCAGACUGGAUGUACCUUAGUUGUUUAUGUUCUAAAAAAAAAACAUGUGUUCUGAUUACCUGUUUAUGACAAAUUUAUUACACUAGUCAUGAACCUUAUGUAUAGUUUUACCACCUUGUUAAAUAAGAAGUGUUUAAAUACAAUUAUAUUUUGUCCCUUUGCUUUUAGUAAACUUCCUAUUGGGAGCUAUUAUUACCAUAGUUUUCAUGGUGAAAGCUAGGUCUAGGACCAAUGUACUGGUCCAUUUUAGGGUCCCCUGAAACCUAUAUAUAUAUAUAUAUAUAUAUAUAGGCAAUUAAUAUAUGUUAUAGGUUUAUAGCUAACAAUUAUACUUGUAAAAAUUAUCUAAUUUGGAAUCAGCUGGGUAAACUAACACUUAGGAGAACAAGAUUGCAAUUAGCAUUAUUUGUCCAUGUUUGAAGGACCCAAAAUAUAUUUUUCCCACAGUUACCUGACAAAGCAGGCUUCCUUGCACUGAUUAUAGCACGCAAAUUAGCUAAUAUACUUUGGCCGCACUCAUUUUUUUCUGCACUCAUUUCAAAGCAGUGUGCUUUUAUUCAGCACGUAAUACGUGCACGCUUGGAAAUAGGUUGGCAACACUUAAAGAUACUACGAUUACAAUCAGCUGGUACAGCGUUUCACAGCCUUUUUAAUUUUUAUACUACGACAACCUGUUGUUAUUAAAUAAAUUAUUUAAGAUGUUAUUGUUUCGUUUUAACAUUCUGUUUUUGUUCAACGCUUGGAUUUCCUAACCAAAAAGUGUUGUUUAGUGUUAGAAAGACUAAUUACAGUAUUUAUAUGCUUUAUAGUAACUGUAGGCAAAAUAUAAUGUGUAACGCGAGCGUAAAGUGCACUAGUUAAACAAAUAACUAUUGUGUUUUGUUUUUCUGACCUUUUUCAGUAAAGAAAAAAAUACAUGAUAUACAACAGUUAAAAAAUAGAAAUUUAGUAGUCUAUACUUCUACCCUAUGCAUAUUAUUUACUAAGAUAUAAAAUUGUUAAAUACAGUACAUUGUCUCCAUGUUAUCCUUACAUAGAAUAAAUUAGUCCUGUAGAUUGCUUCUUUGUGUACAAUUUUGGAAAGUUGUUAAUUUUGGUGUAUGCCAACCAGUUUUGUUGUUCCUCCUUGUAGCAAACCUAAAUACUCAUUGAGCCAAUGUUAGCGAAUUUCCCAUAUAGGGAAUGAAAUGAGAUGAAAUAUUAUUUAUUUAUACAGGCAAAAGUUUGGGAGUGAGUUAUUUCCGUAGUACUCAUGGUAAGACCUGAGGACCAAAGAAAUAACCCAAAAUCGGAUAAAAAAUGAUCCGAUUUUGAUGAAUUUGGUAUAAACGUGUAAACCUACAUUUAUUAUAACGACUUCGCGAACCAGCAUGAUCGAACCAUCAGAAUGGGGGUUUAUCAAGGGUUUUAUAGGGUAAAAAUUGGUUUUUCCCAUUUUUUCCCUAAAAACUUAAAAUUUUGCAAUUUCUUUCCAAACCCAAAACAAACUAUUUAGUAUAUCGAAGCAUUAUUAUGCGCCUAAUGGUUAUGGAGAAAAUUCCAAAAAAUUGUAAAUUAAAAAUUCCCAUGUUAUUCUUAUGGAGAAUAAGUAAACGGUUGUAAUUUGCUUGUUUAUGAACAUAUUUUAAUCACUUUUAGAAAAUAUAUUUAUUUCAUACUAAACUAUUAACAUUUCACACAUAAAAAAACACUUUUAAACCCUCCCUGUUGCAGCAAACCUAAGUACUUGUUAAACUAAUGUUAUUUAAAUAGGGAAUAAUUUUGUGAUAUUUUGAAGAAGCUCGUAUAUUAGUGUAAAUCCAAUCAAGCAAAUGGAAAUCCGCAUAGUCUGCAGGUGUGCUGCGGUGGGGGUAUUUUUAUUUUAUCCUGGGUGUGGAUCAUUCUGUUUUGAACAUGUCUUAAUUAACAAUCUAUAAAGCAACCAAAGAUUUGCUUAGUGUACAGGUUUACAGCAACGGGUUGUAUUCGUGUUUAAAGCCCCACAUUCUGUAAAAUAAAAUUUAUUUAUUUCACCAAUGUUCAUAGUGAUGUGUUCAUUUUUUGUCAAGUUUGUACAUUUUUAGGAAUGGUGAAAGAUGUACGUCUUUAUGCCCAAAGCUUUAUUGGUUUGUUGUGAUCAUUAAACUGAUGAACUUUUGAGGAUAGCUGAUAGAAUAUAAAGUUAAACAGAUAAUGUUACGUGUAUUUAGAUGCUAAAUAAAUUAGCUUUUGCUUAUAUGAACUUAUUGGUUUUAAGGAGAAGGCCUACCUACUGUUUUCUUUAGUGCACUGUGACAGGAAAAGUUAAACUAGUUUAUCGUGGUAAUGUAACUGGUAACUUUGACAAUCAUAAGGUAACAUUUUACUUAUGCCAAACGAUUGAAGCAAGGUUUUGUUUAUAGAUUUUAUUAAAUUAUCAGAUUUGGCAGGAAGGGUGGGGGCAAGUGUUUAUAGUGCUCACCUAGAAGAUGGCCACCUAUCAGAUCCCGAGAGAAAUUUUUAGCUUUGCAAUGUCCGAAACUGAACACAACUGUCAUUAAUCAUUUGGUUUUCAAUAAAUGAUUCUGGUUGUAGAGUAAAACCUCAUUAAUUCGACCAAUUGUGAACUUAGAGGUUGUCGAGUUUAGGGUUGUCGAGUUAUAGAGAACAUUGAUAUUUUUAAUGGUUUUUAAUGAAUAAAUUCAUGAGUAUUUUAACAUACUGAGUAAACAAUCUUCAAAGAAAUGUUGAAUAUUAAAUGUUGAGCUGAAAUUAAAACUAUAUUUUCUGGGAAAAUUGCUUAGUUUUGCAACACUGUAUAUUAUACAGUAGAACCUCAUUAACUUGACAGUCUGUGUAACUCGAUGGUCAACAGUUUAAAGACAAAAAUAAGCAAUUUUUCCAAAACAUUUAGUUUUAAUUUUAGUUGUAUAACCAGCUGAGCGGAUCUUAAUACUAAAUCAAUCAUCUCAUUCAUUCAAAACUAGAACCCUGAUGUGUUGACAUUGUAUGGAUAAAAUAUAAUUUCAAACAAUUCAAUCUAACAACCAAACCUUACACACAACUUUCGGGCAGGACUACAUCUCGUGCAAAUCCGCGCUGACAAUGAGCAAAUCAAAAAUUGUUGCAAAUUAGUCCUAAAAUCUUCUAGCCUAUUGAAAUCAUUUCCUCUGUGGUUAAAUUAUUAUUCUAUUUUAACUUUCCAGUAUUAAAGCAACAAGAAAUAGGUUCUCCAUAACCAAUAAGUUCCUGCUUAUUUAACAAAGUGCCUUUUCAUAUUUAUCAAAGGGUUGUUCUUAAUGUAUGUUUCUAAUAAAAGAUUCAAAAUUUG